CAAAACCUGUGAUUGUCAUCACUGACAGCCAUUUGGCAAGAACGCGAUUGAUGUGCUCGCCAUUUUUUUGUCGGCCACUGAAACCACCACCAGGCUAAUUCAGAACAAAAAGGAGCCAAAUGGCGACCUGUGGAGCGGUUACCCAACCGCAGUCAGCCGGCCCACCAAACUUUGGCAAUGUGGAAUAUCUCGGUGCCACUGCCACGUCAUCGUACAUGACUGGGCCCAGACAAGCUGUCCAGUUCACACAGCUCCCCACCAUAGGGACCAUGCAGAACCAAUACAAAACAUACGACACCUACCCAGCGCCUUCACCCAUGAGACGAUCUCUGACCACCCUGCCAUGGCGACCAAGUACUUACUACCAAUCUGCCAAGGUGAAUCCAUGUACUGCUAUCACAAGAAGUAUGCCGGACCCGAUGUCGGCCAGAACACAACUCUCGGAGCUGGAUAGCCUCAAAGUGCCGCCAGUGUUCGCUGCCGCCAGAAACGCCCUCUACACAAGGUUCACCCCAAACGACUGGAUGGCCUCCAAUCAAGGCAACUACCUGGCGUCGGACAGGGUGCGGGGAGGCUCGGAGAGGCUCCGGAUGGACACAAUGCGCCUGUGUAAAGAGUACGACGAUAAAACAAAGCGUACCCAGGCAGACGUGGGCAAGAGGCUGGGAGAGAGAAUAGGUGACAUCAACUUCUGGAAGACCGAACUGAAUCACGAACUUGACCAGAUGAUCACUGAGACAAACGCUUUGAAUGAAGCCAAGAGGAUCCUGGAGAAGAACCUGGCAGAGACGGAAAACCCACUACACAUUUCUCAGGAAUGUCUGUAUAACAGAGAAAAGCGUCAGUCUAUAGACCUUGUCCAUGACAACCCUGAGAAAGAACUGAUCCGUGAGGUAGAUCUGAUCAAGAGAUGUCAAGAGAGAAUGAGAAAUACAGUCGAUAGAGCUAAUGUCCAGUUAGGCUUGAACCGAGCCGCUCAACAUGAGCUCGAGAGAGAUUCCGGAGACAAAUUCAUCGCCGAGAACCUUGACACCACAACACACAUGUUGAGAAAUACCAGCAGAGGAAUCGCUUACCACGAUGGUGUCCAUAGAAUAGACAACACAAUUAGUGUUCCAGAAACAUGGGCCAAGUACACCAAUGAUAACAUACAGAGAUCUCAAUCGGAAAGACUGGCGUCUAAAAACAUGAGAAAUGAGAUUGAAAACGUCAUUAACGCGUGCAACAAUGAGAUGUGGAUGCAAUGGAACGCGGUGAACACGGCUUUGAACAGUCGCAUCCAGGAGACCACAGAUUCUAGGAACAAGAUCCAGCUGCACUUGAACAAGACGCUGCAGGAAGUGUUUGACAUGGAGAAGAAUAUUGAGCUGCUGAAGAAGUCUAUUCAAGACAAAGAAGCUCCAAUGCAGGUGGCCCAAACACGAUUGGACACACGUCUGCGGCGGCCCAAUGUGGAACUGUGUCGUGACCCGGCCCACAACCGAUUGGUCGAGGAAGUGAACGAGAUAACGGACACAGUGGAUCACCUUCAGCACAAACUCCGGGAGUCCGAGAACGCGCUGCAGGCGCUGCUGAGGACGAAGGGCGCCCUAGAACAAGACCUGUCCAUCAAGAACACGACCCUGUUCAUUGACAGGGAGAAAUGUAUGGCCAUGAGAAAGACGUUCCCCAUGGCGCCACGUUUGGUAGCAGUGGGUUAAGUUGACCCAGGACUAGCAGGGAUCUCUGCGAUCUCAACGAGAUUUUGUAUAUGAACAUCUAAUGUUGUUUACUUGAGCUAUUUACACUCGCAAAAACAAAAGUUUGUUGGAUUAAAACUAUGCCCAGUCAGCUUA